GUGACAUGGCAGUUUGUCAUUUCCUUCUUAAGCGCUUGUUGGGUGUAGCCAUCUUUUGUAACAACCGACGUUUCAAGUCCAACUGAAGCCUCUUUCUCCAAGGUGAUGCUGGUUCUACUGUGUCUCCUGGUGCUCCUCAUUCUUGCUGGAGAGUCUCAGCUGAUUGGUUCACUUGACCCCAUCAUUGCUGUAGCUGGUGAUGAUGUCAUCCUGCCGUGUUCCCUGGAACCUCCCAUCGAUACAGAGAACCUGACAGUGGAGUGGUCCAGACCUGACCUGAACCUUAAAUAUGUACAUUACUACAGGGAUGGUCGUAACAUACAUGGUAGGAAGUAUCUAUCUUACAGAGACAGGACCAUGCUGUUUGAAGGAGAACUGGUCAGGGGCAACGUCUCCCUGAAACUGUCCAGAGUGAAGCUGGAGGAUGAGGGGAGCUACACCUGCCGUGUUGGCCAGGUUAUGACGACUGUCAUCCAGCUCAGUGUUGUGGCGGUCUCUAAACCAGAGGUCUCCAUCGUGGGAGCCAGAGAAGAUGGGAUGGUUCUCCAGUGUGAGUCUGGAGGCUGGUACCCAGAACCUGAGCUGGAGUGGAGGGACAGUGAAGGAGACCUCCUCCCUGAUGCUGUCACACAGACAGACAGACUCCCUGACCCCGGCCCUCACCAACGCUACACUGUGACAAGCAGAGUGACUGUACAGAAGACAGACACCAACAGGUUCACCUGCAGGGUUCAUCUGCAGGGACUCAACCAGACCAGGAAGACAGAGAUCCAUGUUCCUGGAGAUUUAUUCCAGAUGGCAGAAUCUUCCUCUGAUAUAGCACGGAAUGCUGCUUUAAUUGGCUGUGCUGUUGUCUUGGCUGGGCUUGUACUGACAGUAUUAGUCUGUUACAAGAAACAAACGAUCCCAUACAGCAAUGCAGGUAUUCAGUUUUCCACUGCAACAAAAGCCAGCAGUGCUGCUCCCCCAAAAGAGCCAGAGAUCAGAGCCGCUCAACAACCAGCAGGAGAAAUGUGCAGCCCACUGAUGCCAGAUAUAAACCAAGAAGAAGUCCAUAAACACCAGGAAGGAAGAGAAGCAGAGGAACAUCGAACCAACCUUCAACAGCAGUUGUGUGUCACUGAUCUGUGUUCCACAGUCCCUACAGAAGUCGUCGACCUUGAGGCUCAAGAGAUUAUCACACCUCCCUCACAUGUUUUACCACAGGUCAAACAGAAGUUCCUGGAGACCCUGAAGAUGGUUAUGAUUGACAUCAUAUCAUCCUCACUUAUGGAAAAAGGAGAGGGAGAGAGAAAAGAGGAGAGGAUAGAAAACAUGAAGAAUACAUCGUUAUCAAUAGGUAUGGAGCAUGGUCACCUGGGAUACGCUGCCUGCCAGCAGGAGGCCACUUGACUGGAGCUGGGAUGUUGACAUUGCAGCAGUGUGACACUGGUUCUUGCGGCCUCAUAUUUGUGUCGGGUCCUGAGGACCCUGAGACGACGGAGAUUGGUAACAGUCUUUAUUGAAUAAACUGGAAAUGAACAGAACAUGCAGAUAACAGGUUCCAGACCAGAGAGAGACUCGGGCUGGCAGUCCUCAGGAAAACCAAAUCCAGGCACAUGUCAGCAUGGUCAGUAGCUUGUCAUCGUGUAGGUCCUCAUCGUGUAGGUCCUCAUCGUGUAGGUCCUCAUCGUGUAGGUCCUCAUCGUGUAGGUCCUCAUCGUGUAGGUCCUCAUCGUGUAGGUCCUCAUCGUGUAGGUCCUCAUCGUGUAGGUCCUCAUCGUGUAGGUCCUCAUCGUGUAGGUCCUCAUCGGUCGUCAGCAGAGCCAUCAGUCAGUGGCAUAAACCAGUGGCUUGGACGGGGGAUGGGGGGACGGGGGGCAUGGCCACCCUGAUAAACAUGCUGGCCCCCCCACUUUCCCCCCUCCCUCGCGGGUCGCAUAUCGUCUUGCCAUCUGGAUUUUUUUUCAUGAAUGGAAAAGGGGAAUUCAACUUGACAUAUGCUACUGGGAGUUAUCUUAUGACUAUAUGACUAAUCAACUUCAAAAUACAUGUAUUUUAAAACAAUGUAUUUUAGGUUGUCAGGCCAGGCAUGUCUGUAAAACAUGUAUCUCCACUGAGGUAGUGGAUCAAAACCUCCCGGCAUGAAAACACACUGAUCUCCACAUGCCAAUCCUGGAAAAACAAUUCUAGCAAAGCCAGCCUCUGUAGAAAUAAACUGUUUUAUAUUUAUUUACCAAA